UUGGAUAAUUGACCGUUGAUACCUAUUAUCCGCACGAGUAACAAAACUCCCUACAAUUAUUGUCUGCCCUCUCCUAUUUCGCCAUCGAAAAGGCCCGUCUGUUGUCGCCGCCGAAGCAGUUAGCAGGGGGGGUCAUACGCUAAACCACCCCUCCUCCUCCUCUUUAACGACCACCUCCUCUCCUUCGCUCACUCUCACCUCCUCCUCUCCAUCAAACAUCUCGACUUCCUAUAGCCAAGAGCUACUCUCAUGUCCGACUACGCUCCUCCUACAGGGCCUCCGCCGCCUAAGGCCCCCGAAGUUCCCGCUGGCUGGGCCGCUCGGUGGAACGACCAGUACAAAGAAUGGUUCUACGUAAACAUCUACACCAAAAAGUCCCAAUGGGACAAGCCCACCAGUCCUGUCUUCCCUGACGGAGACGCCCCGCCUUCCGGGCCUCCUCCAGGCUACGACGGCCACGACGCUCCCCGCACGUCCGAUACCAAGACGAACCCCUAUGGCGAUCAGAGCAACAACUUUGGAGGCUCAUCAUCAAGGCAGGCGCAGGAAGACGAGGAUGCUCGCCUGGCAGCCAAGAUGCAGGCCGAAGAAAACGCCCGAGCUCGCAGCGCUUCUUCCAACCCUCCCGGAUACAACAACUACUCCGGAGGUGCUGCCGAUUCGUACCGCCAGCAGAGCACCAGCCCGUACCCUCCUCCGCAAAACAGCCCGUAUGGCACACCUCAGCCGCAGCAGCAACAGGGCGAGUCGAGAGGUCUUCUGGGCAAGCUGACCAGCAAGAUCUGGUCUGCUGAUAGAUGACGCGAUUGAUCACUUUGAAGACGAGGGAUAUGACCGCGGCUAUGACCAAGGAUAUGACAAUGGGUUUGACAACGGAUACGAUGAUGGCGGCGGUGACUUCUAAUUAGUGGCUGAGCGAACUACAUUCAUAUAUACAUGAUGCGUGGCUGGAGGAAAGAAUGACGUGUGGUAAUUUGUUUGUUUGCCGGAUUGGUCUGUUUUUAGCUAUUCACAAGACAAA